AUGGUUGACAUCACUCAAACCGCUCCAGGCGGCAGCGAUGAGGACGAGGACGAGGGCACUGCAAGCGACCGGAUGCUUGUGGGGAACGACGGUGGCUAUUCUUACGGUUGCUGUCACGAUGGACCAAACACAGGGAGCGCAUUCGGCUUAGCCGAUCAGUUCCACAACGCGCAUUUCCAGCCUGACGUGUGCUCGUUUUUUACUCACUUCGUAUUGAAAGUCACCGUGCCGGUUUCGUUUUUGAUUGUAUGGGCCCCUAUUUAUUACCGUGUUGCACAAGCGCGGGCGCUCGGGAAUAUUAGCCGCGCGGACGCUUCAAGAGAGCUAGAGGAGCAGACGAGCAAAUGGCGAUGGCUGCGGGGUGGGUUGUUCGUGCCACUGUUUGUGAAUUUCAGCGUGCUGGCAUACGUUUUUGCAGGCAGUGAUCGUGAACAAGUGUCCCUGACCGAGGUGUUUUUGCCGCUUGGUUUUCUUGCUGCAAUCGACCUGACAGAGGCCGCGGCUUUCAAUCUGGCUUCACAUGAAGCCGUGGACGUUGAUCCUUUGGCAGUUGGCGAACGGCUCGAGGAUCCUUUUUCGCAUUUGGGGCUCGACGCCGAGCUAACCUACGCGACCCGUGAAUCAUUCGUCGCUCGGUUUAGAAGGCCGUGUUCUCCCAUGCGGUGUAAGUUUGUUUGGCUGGCUUGGCUCCACGAUCCGGAAGUGGUUCGCCAUGUUCGUAAGGUAGACUUGCUUUUGCAAACUGUACAUCAAAGCCAGAAAUGCUGCCCAUGA